AUGUAGCAAGGAUCAAGACUGAAAGAGGCUACCGAAGGAACAAUCUAACAGUUUGCCAACAAGAUAGGAGGACCUUUCAAGAUAGCCAAACCUGUAUUCUAAGAGAAAAGAUUGAAACUAUUUUCGGAAAUUUAUCAGCGUCAACAGGCUGAAUUGAAGUAGAUGCAAUAGACUCCAAUUAAAAUCACACUCAAGGAUGGCAAACAGAUCGAAGGUUCGAAGUCUUAUUUUAUUUUAGGUAAGAAAUGGGUAACAACCCCUUUGUCCAUUGCCUAAGGGAUAAGCAAGAAAAUGGCUGAAAACAUGGUUGCUGCAAAAGUAGUCUAUGAAACCAUAUUUGAAAAAAGUAUUGAUUAUAAAAUAGAAUAGGUUUCGUUGACGUUGAUCAUGAGGAGACAUCCAGUCAAGCAUCCUCAACAAUACAUUCGAAACCUGAUUACUUAAUAUGGGACUUGACUAGACCUUUGGAAGGAGAUUGUAGUUUAGAAUUGUUAUCGUUCGAUGAUAAAAAUGGCCAAGAAGUAUUUUGGCAUUCCUCUGCUCAUAUUCUAGGAUCUGCUCUUGAAGAAAUCUAUGGUUGUCAUCUCUGUAUUGGUCCAGCAAUAGAAGGAGGAUUCUUUUAUGAUUGUUAUAUAGGCGAUAUUAAGGUUACAUAGAAUGAUUAUGUGAAAAUUGAAAAGGCUGCAUAGGAUCUUGUUGCUGCAAAACAGGAAUUCUAGAGGGCCAUUUUAACCAAAGAAGAAUGGUAUUGUCCAAUAAUUAUACAAUAGUCUUGAGAUAUUUGGAAGUAAUCCUUUUAAACGAUAAUUGAUAACAAACAAAAUACCUGAUGGAUCUUUGACUACUGCCUAUAGAUGUGGGAAUUUGAUAGAUUUGUGUACAGGUCCCCAUUUACCUAAUACGAGUUACGUGAAGGCAUUUCAAAUAACAAAAAAUUCAGCCGCAUAUUGGUUGGGUAAAAAUAGUAAUGACGAUUUGCAAAGAGUAUAUGGAAUUUCAUUUCCGAACAAGAAAUUAUUGGAUGAAUAUGUCAAAAUAUAAAAGGAACUCGCUCUAAGGGAUCACAGGAAUGUUGGAAAGAAAUAAAACCUAUAUUUAUUCCAUCAAUUAUCUCCGGGUUCUGCCUUUUUCUACCCCAGUGGCGCUCACAUCUAUAACACAUUGAUGAAUUUUCUGAGACGAUAAUAUUACAUAAGAGGGUAUUAGGAAGUCAUAUCUCCAAAUAUAUUUAAUGCUUAAUUAUGGAAGAUUAGUGGACAUUAUGAUAAGUAUAAGGAGAAUCUCUUCUUUAUCAAUAUGGGAGAAGAAGGAGAAUAUGGGUUAAAGCCUAUGAAUUGUCCUGGACAUUGUUUAAUGUUUGACAUGGUGUAGCAUAGCUAUAGAGAUUUGCCAAUAAGAUUUGCUGAUUUUGGAGUUCUACAUAGAAAUGAAGUGCAUGGUGCAUUGACUGGUUUAACGAGAGUGCGUAGAUUUUAAUAGGAUGAUGCUCACAUCUUUUGUAGAAUGGAUCAAAUUUAGGAUGAAAUUAGGAAUUGUCUAGACUUCUUAAGUUACAUAUACUCGCUGUUUGGAUUCGAAUUCAAAUUGUAUUUAAGUACACGUCCUGAGAAGUUUUUGGGUACCAAAGAUGUAUGGGACAAUGCUGAAUAUUAAUUGGAGUAGGGAUUGAAGAAAUUUGGAAAGCAUUUUGAAAUAAAUCCAGGAGAUGGGGCAUUUUAUGGACCAAAAAUCGAUGUCAAAUUAUAUGAUGCUUAUAAGAGAGAACAUUAAUGUGGUACAAUUCAAUUAGAUUUCAAUUUACCUGAGAGAUUCAACUUACAAUUUAGAGCAAGUGAGGAUGUUCAUGAAGUGUAAUAGGAUAAGGAAACAGUGCACAAUGAAUAAAUAUAGGUAGCCUAAGAAAUAAUUGAUAUCCAUCGUAAGGAAUCUCAUUAAUCAGAUCAAGGAGAUGGCGAUCUAUUAAGUACUCCUCCUCGUCAUCCUCAAGAAUAGAAUGAAUAGGCAGGAGAAUUGAAGGUUUAAUCCAGUCAUUCAUUCUAAUCAGAUAAGGUAGUAGAGUAAUAGUAAUAAUAAUAUUAAUAAUUGUAAUUGCAAUAACAUUCACAUUCAGCCUCUAGUUUAUUGCAUAAGAAGUAGAAGUUGCCUGAAGAUCUCUUGGAGUCUGGAUCUAGUCAAGGAUUGUCAAAUCACGAAUUACACAAAGUGUUACAUGGUAAUUAUUUAUUAAGAUUAUUUAAUAGAGAAGAAAUAUGAAUUGGGGUACCAUCAUUUAAAACCAGGUUUUGCAAGACCUGUCAUUGUUCAUAGAGCUAUUUUGGGUUCAUUAGAAAGAAUGAUAGCUGUCUUAACAGAAUAGUGUGGUGGUAAAUGGCCAUUCUGGUUGUCACCAAAACAAUUGAUUUUAUGUCCAGUGUCUGCCUAUUACAGGGAUGUUGCAGAAAAGAUCUCAGCUAGAUUGAGAUUGGAAGGUUAUACUGUUAAUACUGAUGAAUCAGAUUAAACUUUGGCUAAGAAAGUGAGAAAUGCAUAAAUCCAAUACUAUAAUUUUGUAGGAGUUAUUGGAGAGGAGGAAGUGCGCACUGGAGUCAUUGAUAUUAGGGAUUGCGAAAAAAAUACUAGAAUUGUAUGUCACUAUUUUAUUCUUAGGGUAAAUUAACAAUUCCAUAAUUGUGUAAAUUUUUUGAGUCUUUGAAACCUCCCAAAUCCAAGGUCGAAAUGGAAAUUCAUGAACAUGAUGAUACCCAUCUUAAAUUGAACGAUGAAUUAUAAGACAAGGUAUUUCUUGAUGGAGAUGGUUUCGUUGUUGGGCCCAGAGAUUACGAAUAAUUUCCAAAAAUCAAAGAGAUAGACCCAGCCUUAUAAAAUUUAAUUAGAUGGCAGAAACACAUGACCUUUCUAAUUAAAUAGGAUUAACAAAAAUUAUAAUAAUAAGAAUGAUAUAUUUACAUAUAUCAAAAUAAAUUAAAAAUAAUGUAAU